AUGCACUUUUACUGCUCGUAUCGUCGAAAAUCAAGAGAAGAACAACGUCUAGAUGAACAAUUGAAAGCAAAUGCAAGAAAAAUUUUAGAUAAUCUAUCUUUGGUGAAGCUUGAUAAUGUUGAUGGUGAAGAUGAAACAUGCUCUAUUUGUUUGAACGAUAUGAAAAAAGAUGAUAAUGUGAGAAAAUUAGAUUGUGGUCAUAUAUUUCAUCCAUUAUGCGUUGAUCCAUGGCUAUUAGACCAUCGUUGUUGUCCUCUAUGUAACUAUAAUAUUUUAACAAUUCGACAAGUACCAACGGUAUCAGCUAAUACAACAGCUUCUAAUACGAAUCAACAAGUAGCAGUCGGAUCAAUAAAUCCAACGUUUAGACAUGAUGAAAACACGCCAUUGUAA